AUGUACGAAGGGAUUGACAACCUGAAAUCCCUUUACGACCGUGCCGGGAAGACUUUCUCCGGCGGUCCUUCUGCGGCACAGGAUGUGCCGCUUUGUACUGCUCGACCAGACCCAGUAUGUCAACCAUCAGGUGGGAGCGGGGCUCCCAAGUAUCCCAGGACGGGGGAUAGCCGCGCCACCGGACGAGAUAACUCGUCCGACGUCCGUUCACGUCGCGGUGGUUCAACAGCUGCUCAACCAGAUAGCGCUGGCCACCGCGAGAGUCCUCUAAUGGAGGCGGAGGAGGAGGAAAGACGCUCUCCACACAAUCGUGGUGAUCCGUGUGUUCCCGAGAGCUUCUUUGAUCGCGUAACGCAAGGGUUACGCGGCGAUCUCGAACAUGAGCGGGACAGGCGUCUCCAACUGGCGGACGCUGUCUCGAAACAUCGAGCUGAGUUUGCCUUUGCUCAGCUUGAGAACGAGAGAGCUCUGACAUCUCUUCGUGACGAGCUAAGGGUAGCUCGUGGGAUUGUUGAUCGGUCUCGGGUUGAGAUAACUGCUCUCCAGACCCUUGUUAAUGCCCAACAUCGGGAGCACAAGGCUCUCUGUGAGAUGCUUGAGCGCAAUGGCGGUCUUCAUCGGAAGAAGCAGCGUACUGAUGGUACGGCUUAA